GUUCAACGUCUGCGUCGUUACGUCAUCACUCUGCGACAAAGUUCUCCCGUUUGAACAUGUGAGCUGUACAACAUUCAGUUUUCUUUCAGAUAUGGAGAAGUGGUGGAAGAGUAAACCAGAAGUGUAACUGAGUGCAAUCCUGAGGAACAUUUCUGAGUCUAAGAAGACUUUUUGCAGUCACCAAUCUUGUAAUAAACUGUCAAAAACAGACAACAGACUAAAUAAGAGAGAGAUGGUGGAGAAGAUGGCAGCAAAGGGUCAGAUGCAUUAUAGUGAGAAAGGACAACAGAAGAUGAGGGAGCACAGUCAGGGUAAGGAAGGUGGUGGAAAGAGGAUGCUGCUGGACGCCAUGUCAGUGGGCUACUUCCGUCGUGUCAGCGACCAACUGAGUGAAGAAUUCCCAGAUGAUGAAGAGCGAGGUCUGUUUGUAGAGAAUGUUCUGUCAGAGGUGAAGGGAAAAGCUGACCUUGUUGCGAUGGAUAGGAUAGGCAGUGUGGCUCUCCAGAAGCUGCUGGCGCUGGCUCGGCCCGCCCAGGUGGGAGAGGUUCUUGCUGAACUGGGCGGAGAAACGGGUUCGGAGUUCAAAACUGUGUCAUGUGACCGGUGUGGGGCUCAUGUCAUAGAAAGCGCCCUUAAGCAGAUGGUCAGGUGGACAGAAGACACACCCUCAGAAGAGAACUUUCAAAAUGAAGAAGAAAAAAACGAUGCAGGGAGUUGUGGGAUGCUGGAGGCACAGGUGCUAUCUCUGUGUCGAGUAGUAAGAGAAAAUAUUGUGGAGUUCAUCAAAGACCCUCAUGGAACUCACGUCGUACGAACUCUCAUACAUGUCCUCGCAGGCUGUUCAGCUCAGGAUCAGUCUGAUACUCGUCCAGCUAAAAAGCAGAAAAAAGCUGAACCUGAGCUAACAGAUUUUGAAGUGCCAGUAUCAUUUUGGUGGGAGCUGAAGUACCUUUCAGACACACUUAUGGAAAAUGUCCAUGAGUGUGUCGCCAAUCUCACUGCCAGCGCUGUACUCCAGACACUGCUGACUGUCUGUCACAGGAAGAGACCCAUACUGGGCAAGAAACUCAACAAAGGCAUCAUGGGAUACCUGACGUCUCGUAGCUCAGCUCCUGGUGUCAGUCCACUCUUGGUGUUUAUGAAGGACAAGGUGUGCAGUCGACUCAUCCAGAUAGUGUUUCAGUUCUCUAGUAAAGUCCUGCUCGUGGACACCUACAAGAACCAUCUCAGGAAACAGCUGAUGCCGCUGGCGCUUCACGGGUUUGCAAACUACACCAUUCAGACCUUGAUAGCAGCCUCAGUCAAAUACAAAAUGUUCCUGAAAGUGUUUGACGAGCUGGCAGAGGGGUUCGAAGCCAUCCUGGCUGCGGGGCACAUGGGUGUCAUAGUGCAGCUGGUGGAAAGCUGUGUGCAGAGAGAAGAGCGGCAGGCUAAGAUGCUGCAGCUCCUCUUUCAGGCUUUUCACUGCGAUGAGCCCGCAACAAGGCAUCUCUCUUGCCUCCCUCUCUUCCUGUCUCUACUGGCUUACGAGGUGUACUACAACUCUGAGUCAGCAGAGGGCGAUGCUGCACCUCAGCGCCCCCUCUCGAUCUGCUAUCAUGGGUCCUGUCUAGUCCAAGCACUGGCCUCUUUCAAAGACCGCUCCAUCCUGAUGAACAGCCUUCACAGCCUGAGUCCUGCUGACCUGCUGACCCUGGGCACUGACGGGAUGGGCAGCCACGCCCUGCAAGCCUUGAUCACAUCAUGCAGUGAUAAAGGGAAGGGAAAGAUGUUGAGGAAGCUAGAGGGAUUGUACAUACAGUUAGCCUGCUCCCGAUGUGGCAGUCGUCUGUUGGAGGCUGUGUGGAACAGCGCCACCAUCAGUCAAAAACAGAGCAUUGCAGAGCAGCUGGUCCCUAGUGAAACGCAGUUGAGAUCGGAUCAGUUUGCUCGCCACGUCUGGGGCAAAUUUGGCCUAACACACUUUCAGAAGAGACGCGCUGCCUGGCUAGAGCUCCAGACAGGAGAGUCUAAAAAGAGGAAGAUGUUCAGUGACAUUCUGGAUUAACUGGUUUUGACCAAUACUUUUUUGGGGGGGCCUUAAACAAAUGUUAUUUCACCUGAAAUCGUAAGUGUUAAAUCAGCUCCUACAACUUCUUCAGCUGUUUGAUUUAUGUUAUUGUAGGACUUAACACUUAAGUUCUUACUGUGUACCAUUUUUUGUACAAAUAAUACAUUUUCUGUACAAAUAAAAUUAUGCAGUUUUCUACACUUUGCAAUAGUUUUCUAAACACAAAAACAUAUACAUGUAAAUAUAACUUGAACUCACUUCUUUGACAUUGAACUCAGAAUUUAAAAAUCUAAGACAUUAAAACAAGCAUUUUCUCACAAUUCUUUCUUUCAUGAGUAGUAUUGCACCUGUAGGAAGAUUUUGUGGUGGUUGUUAUUAUGGCCUGACCAAUGUAUUUAGCACUUGAACAGUAAAAUCUGUUGAUAUCAAGAUUCCAAGGGUUUAUUUGCAUCAGAAGACAUCAAUAAAGCAGUGAUAGUGUUUUGUAAAUGUUAUAUGAGAAAACCACAUUUACUGUAACUAUACCGAACAACAACCAAACCAGGGGAUCUUUACCUACUUGAAAGAGCCCAUAUAAUAGACUUUUU